UCGUUUGAGCAAGACAAGUCUGAUUCAAUAACAUUCGAGUCGCGCCCGCGUCCAAAUAUAACAACGAUAGUUGAUAGAGUAUAAUAUUUUAAUAAAUUAAUAUGUCGACGUGGUAGUUAUAUAUUUGUUGCAGUCUCUGUUGCUGUUUCAGUCCCUAAUUCUGUUGCUGUCGUUACGAUCGUAACCUACAAAAAGAUGCCGCCGACAGCAAUCGUCGUAGUGGCAGCUUUCCUAUCGUUUUCAGAUGGCACCGUGUAUGGCGGCGUGGCCAAGCGGUGGACGCCCGACGUGGAUUUCGAGGCGGCGCACAACUGGGACGCGGAACACGUCCCGUCGUCCGUGGACGUGGCCGUGUUCCAGGAGGACACUUCGGUCCCGGUGGUGGUGCCGGCCGUCGGUGUCGACGUGUGCGAGGUCGUGUUGCCCGUCAAUGGUCAGCUGAUCUUGGAGCCCAACGCCCACGUCGUCAUCUCCGCGUCGUCCCAAGCGAUGGGCGGUUGCACGGGACAGACUGUGAUGUUUAAACGAAACACCCCGAUGGAAUGGGUGGAUCCGGAUAACUGGUCAAAUGAAAAUAUUAACAUAGCAACGCCACAUGUGGAACGGAUACCGUGCGUGCACGACACCGUCGUGUUCAACCCUGGUCAUUCGUUUUCGGUCAUCGUGCCUGACGUCCCGAUUACCAUUGGAUCAAUGAAGUUCGGGAACCAAACUUUUGGUCAAAGUGAAUUGAACGAAUUUCUUUUGUCGGACGUUGGUGAUCAAGAACUGAAGAGUUCUUCCGUUGAUAACGAUGUGUCCAUAACAUUAACUUCGACGCUCUGCGAAGAUAAUACAGGAUGUGAAUGCGGUACUCAACAACUUUUUGACCAAGUAUGCAAAGUGGCUUCAAAACGCUGUGAUAGUAAAUUAGGUUGCAUAAGUCCAGUGAAACCGAUUGGUCAUUGUUGUUGGACUUGUGGAGCUUAUUUCCUAAUUAAUUACAACCCAAACAAAUUUAUUGGUGAAAAAUUCAGCGAAGAAUUUAAAAAAGACAUAGAAAAAUUAAACUCAACAUUUGAAAAAUAUCAACUUUUUUAUUACAUGAGUAAACUGUUAAACGGAAAAAUCCAAGUCGUAUUGGCGAGUAGUAUAAAAUACGUAGACGAAAUAAACGAAAUAGCUAAAAACAUACACUCGUUGUUAAUUUCUUAUCAGGGCGUGACAGAUGUGAAAAUGUUCAACUCAGGGCUGUCGUAUGACGCUGACGGGAUGACAUACGGUCAAAUAGCCCUAACCACAUGCAUUAUCAUCUUUACCUGCUUGUUGGCAAUUAUGUUUUACUACAACAAAGACUGGAAAUCGCUUUUGUCGGGUUCCAGAUCUAGUACUGGCCCCGUGUUCGUAAAAUUUAAAAACGACACCAACGAUGCAGUGGAACUAAUCGACGAAGACGUUCGAUUGCAACGUAAAACUUCGUUUGACAACCCCACUUACGGAGCUGUGGAAAGUAUGAGAAAAGCACAGGCUUUCAGAAAAAUCCAUUCAUAUUCGGAUCUAUCUAUGUCAACGACACAGAAUGAAGCUAUGGAUGUCGAACUGAAAGAAACUUGUGGACAAAAAGACGUGAUACCCCGAGGGAUUCAGCAUAAGUAAUCUAGUAUACGAAUAGAAAAACGAUAAAUUACAACGGGAACGUAACAACAGCAACAACCCAAUACGGUAUAUUUAGCUAAGUUGAUACUGUGCACAUACGAUAAUAACUUUGACGAUUAAGUCAUGUAAAAUCAGUAAUUUAUAUUUUAUUAUUACGUACGAAAACUUUACAAAAUAAUAUGAAAAACAUGAUGAAGUUUGAUAAAUUUGAUACAGCACCAACGCUCCGUGUUAAAAUGAAUGAUAAACGGAAACACUUAAAUAAAUAGGAAAUUUAAGUUACAAGCAAACGCUCCAAUGCAGCGAUGUUUGUAGCUUCAUCUAAAUCCUAAAUUAUAAGUAGUUUUAUUGAUAAUCGCUUAAUAUAGUUCAUUAUUUACUUACGUAUAUCUGUAUAUAAUGAAUACACAGUUUUAAUUCAAAAUAAGCAAAUA